UUAAUACGUACUCAAUGUAAUCGAUUAUUAUUUUUUACUAUGUAAAUUAUACUGUUCGUUUUUUAACUAAAAUGUUUUAAACAAGACUUGAAAAAACAUAAUAGUACAUACAAAACGAAUUACGAUCUAUCGAAAAAAAAAUUAAGAUGAAAUUGAUUGGCUCAUUAGUAUAUUUUGGAGUAAUAACUUUUGUUCACAGUGCUGAAAUAUUGUCUGUUUUGCCAUUAUUUGGUCAAAGUCACUGGAACGUUAUAGAUUCUAUUUUACAAACACUGGUUUCAAGUGGUCAUAAUGUAACCGCUAUAACUCCAUUUUUAAAAAAAAAAAAAAUUUAUAAUUACACAGAGAUAGACUCGUCUUCGUACAUGAAUAAAAUUGAGGCAAUAAAUUAUAAUCUCGUUGCUGAUGAUAACGGUUAUAGUUAUUUAAACGCUGCACAUCUAAAAUCAUGCGAAAAUUUAUACAAAUCAAAAGAUUUUUGGAAGACACUGGAAAAUCAUAAAUUUGAUUUGGUUAUUGGUCAUUUUUUAGCAUCUACUUGUUAUUCCUACAUAGCGUAUAAACUCCAAGUACCGAUGAUUUAUGUGACCUCAGACGCAAUGAAUGCUAGGUUGCAUUCAUUGUUGGUAAAUCCACUAAACCCUUCAUAUAUAGCAUCGCCGAAUAUACCUAUGGCACUGCCUACAAGUUUUUGUCAAAGACUAGAAAAUUUUUUUAAUAAGAUGUAUGUGAAUAUUUAUUAUUGGUGGUUAGACAGAAAAGCAACUACCAUAGGAAAAACUUACUUUGGUAAAAACGCACCAGAUGCAAGUUCCUUGUUUAAAAGCACAACUGUUUUAAUGUUCAUCAACAGCUAUUUUACAUUUGAAACAUCUAGACCAAUGAUUCCAAAUUUAAUACAAAUUGGGGGGAUCCACGUAUCCCAGCCCAAACCUUUACCGGAGGACAUAAAACAAUUUAUUGAGGAUUCGCCUGAUGGAGUAAUUUAUUUUUCAUUUGGGUCAAUAGUGAAAAUGGAUACGUUGCCAAAAACUAUGCAACAAGCAUUCAAAGAAGCGUUUUCUGAAUUACCUCAACGUAUUUUAUGGAAGUUUGAGAGCGAUGAAAUGGCAAAUCAACCUAAAAACGUCAUGAUUAAAAAGUGGUUUCCUCAACGGGAUAUAUUGAGCCAUCCUAAUGUAAAAUUGUUCAUCUAUCAUGGUGGGUUAUCAGGUGUCAAUGAAGCAAUCCAAAACAAAGUACCAAUUCUUGGUAUACCUAUAUUUACUGAUCAAUUUAAGAAUAUAGCAAAUUGUGUCCACAAGGGUAUAAGUAUAAGCUUGGACCACAAUAAUUUAAACAAACUAAUAAUCCUAAAUGCUAUUAAGGAUAUGAUUGGAAAUCCUAAGUACAAAAAUAAAGCUUUAGAACUCUUUGAUAAAUUUAAUGAUCGACCCGUGACGCCUAAACAAUUAGUUAUUUAUUGGACCAACUAUGUUUUAAAAUUCUAUAAACACGAAAUGUUUCAAAAUGCUGCUGAUUUAGAGUGGUUCAAAUAUUAUAUGUUUGAUAUCGUAACAUUAUUAUUGUCUUCUAUAUUAUUAUUAGUAUAUGUCUUGCGUUAUUUCAUUGAAAAUUAAAACUAUACUUAAAUGUUAACUGUUUCCCAAAAUGAAGGUUAUGUGUAAUUACUAUACUUAUAUUUUAUUUUACUCUUUUUUUUUUUUUUUUUUAAAUUGUUUUACUAAAUUAAGUGUAAUUAUUAAUAGUAUUAUUUUUAUUUUUUUACGUACUUUUUUAUAUAAUCUAAGAGUAGAAGUUGAUUUAUUUGAAAUAGUGUUAAUAUUAUUCCUUUACUGUUAAAGAAAUGGAAAAUACGGUUUGUAUAAUAUAUUGUAAAAAUACAUAGACAUAUUAUAUAAACAAGUGAUUAUUUCAAACAUCGUAUUAUAUAAUAAAACAUUGAAAAAUUAGCGGAUGCUGAAAAAAUUAUUAAACGACAUACGAUUUUCAAAAAUUUUUUUUUAAUGAAAGAGCUCAAUAACGUUAUUCUAAAAAAAAUAUUCGCGAAGAAGAUAAUAAAUGUUUUAAAACACCGUAAGCGUUUAAAAAUUUGAUCAAAAACGCUUCUUGCCACCAGCGUCUUUUUAUUUAAUAUCUGAAAUUUUUUACAGACCUGCCUAGAGACAUUCCAAAGGUACCCUGAAAAUGACGUUAGAAUAUGUUCAUUUUUAACCGAAUUAUUAACAUUUUUUUUUUUUUAAGCCCACGCCCAUUGUUUUUAGUAGGAUAUUAUUUUGGUUGGCGCAUGUCAAUUUUGUUUAAAUUUUAUGCAAGUAUACAAGUGCACUAAUAACACGGCAUUUAAAGGUACCUUAGGAGUGCAGCUAAUUUAUUUGGUCUCUAUUUAAUCUCUAUUUUAGAGUCAUAUUAUUAGGUAAUUAUUUAAUAAUUUUAAUAAUUAUUUAUUAUUAUAGUAUGCCUAACCAUACUAACAAACUAUUACUUUGUGGUAGGACAUUUUCCUACAAUUUUUACAUUAAAUGUUAAUGAUAAUUUGUAUUGAUA